AUGAGGCGCCUGAUGCAUGAGAUCGAUGUCGAUGGGAGGGGCACCGUAAACUACACAGGGUUCAUCGCCGCCAACAUCUCGAAGAAGCAGUAUUUGCAGGAACAGGUCUGCAAAGCAGCUUUUCACAUUUUCGAUGUCAAUGGUCCGUCUCCUGGCACCACGAAACUGAUCCGAGCAUGGAGGCCUCUCGGGCAAGUUCUCCCAGGCUUCGAAAUGCAGAGUCCACUGACUGUCCCGGGCGUGAUCGGCGAGCACAGGCUUGGGGGCGGUGACAAGGCUCCACGGAUAAUACCACUGCCCUGGUGGCCUUCGGCCCUCUGCCUGUCAACUUCUGGAUCUUGCUCAAGGUCCACAGUUCGUUGCCGGAGAUCUCGGCGACGAUGUGUUCCCAGUCGCCGACGGCCCUAG